AUGGAGGAGGACCAGGUGCACCCGGACAAACGAGUAGCGGAAGUAGUCCUCCAGGGCCAGGCUCUAGCCCAGGGGCUACAAUUACAUCGGCAUCAGGAGGCGCUCCCGGAGCUCUUCCGACCUUUUCCUCGGCGUCGUGCUCCGCCCACCCCAUCCGAGACAUCGGGCAACAAUAAGGGCUCCAGUCUCUGUUCUUCUCUGGGAGGCGCAUGCAUGGCAGCCUAUCAAGCGUAUGAUGACGACUACACAUACACCCAGUAUACCUCGUAUACCCUCAGUGCCGGUGAUUCUGACCCCCUAAAUUGGCUCUUCUCCCCAUUCGCGGACGACGGAUGUGCCGCCAUGUUCGAGUGCGAUGACUAUGGUCCGGGCAUGACUGGACGUCAGAUCAAGGAUGCGUAA